CCAGAAUCCAAAUCUGACGAUUCUCAGAAAAACUCUGGGCGGUCAGGAGGAGGAGGAGCAGGAGGAGGAGGAGCAGGAGGAGGAGGAGGAGGAAAACGAGGAGGCCGUAGGGACGACUGGUAUGACCGUCUGCAGAAGGGGGACGUUCCCUGGGACAGUAAAGACUUCCGGUUGUACUUCCUGAGCGCAGCAGCCUUCUGGUCGGCCGUUGCCUAUUAUUUCUUCUUCAGGGAUGGAGGUCGAGAGGUCACCUGGAAGGACUUUGUCAACAACUACCUGUCCAAAGGAGUGGUCGACCGGUUGGAGGUGGUCAACAAGCGUUUUGUCAAAGUGGUUUUCUCUGCUGGGAAGACGCCAGUGGACGGGCAGUACGUGUGGUUCAACAUUGGCAGCGUAGACACGUUUGAGAGGAACCUGGAGACGGCGCAGUACGAGCUCGGCAUCGAGGGCGAGAACAGACUGCCGGUGGUUUAUUCCACUGAGAGUGACGGAACCUUCCUAUUGAGCAUGCUCCCCACCGUGCUCAUUAUCGGCUUCCUGCUCUUCAUGCUGCGGCGGGGCCCUGCGGGGGUGGGGCGUCCCGGCCGUGGGAUGGGUGGGCUGUUUAGUGUCAGCGAGACGACGGCGAAGGUCCUGAAAGACGAGAUCGACGUCAAGUUCAAGGACGUGGCCGGCUGCGAGGAGGCCAAGCUGGAGAUCAUGGAGUUCGUCAACUUCCUGAAGAACCCCAAACAGUACCAGGACCUGGGCGCCAAGAUCCCAAAGGGAGCCAUCCUGACGGGGCCUCCAGGAACAGGAAAGACUCUUCUGGCCAAAGCGACGGCAGGCGAGGCCAAUGUCCCAUUCAUCACCGUCAACGGCUCAGAGUUCCUUGAGAUGUUCGUGGGCGUCGGCCCUGCCAGGGUCAGAGAUCUGUUCGUCAUGGCGAGGAAGAACGCCCCCUGCAUCCUCUUCAUCGACGAGAUUGACGCCGUGGGACGCAAACGAGGACGAGGAAACUUUGGAGGACAGAGCGAGCAGGAGAACACGCUGAACCAGCUGCUGGUGGAGAUGGACGGGUUCAACACGGUGACCAAUGUUGUGGUUCUAGCAGGAACCAACAGACCGGACAUCCUGGACCCGGCUCUGAUGAGACCAGGACGCUUCGACAGACAGAUUUACAUCGGUGAGAACAAAGCCACCAGCGUCCAUUCAUUUUUCUCUUGUUUUUAUCUCAGGGUAACGAUGUUGACUGGUGUCAGUGUGACAAUAGUAAUUGUUUAUAUUAUAUAUAGGGAUCAGAUCCAGGUGAUCUCCCUGUGGCGCUCUGGUGCGUUCAGGAACCCAUAUCCUUGA